UCCUCCUUCCUCCGCCCCGGCCGCUUCCCGCCCCGCACCGAGAGUUACGGAGGGAAACAAACAUGAGGAAAAUGUCCCCGGGGGGGAUGCGUCUGUCGGGAGGGGGCUGGGCCGCGUCCCGCCGAGGGGCAUCACUGCGCUCCGGCUCCCGCCUAGCGUCCCGGGACGCCGCUGGCCGCCCUCCGCGCCUCGGCCGACACAUGAAACCCAGCUUCCCUUUGCCAGACGCACUUUUGGCUUUCUCACUGGCCUGAUGGAAGAUGCGUACCACUUGCCUCCUUUGAAGGGGUUUCGACUUUGGUGAAGGUACACUGGGCAAGUAUUGACUUGAAAGCUGCUUUUAGGAUGUCUGAAGAUGAUGAAAAAGUCAAGCUCCGUCGAAUUGAACCUGCCAUUCAGAAAUUCGUUAAAGUGGCAAUUCCAACAGAUUUGGAGAGGUUAAGAAAACACCAAAUAAAUAUUGAGAAGUAUCAAAGAUGCAGACUCUGGGACAGAUUGCACGAAGAGCACAUUAACGCAGGACGAACUGUUCAGCAACUCCGAGCCAAUAUGAGAGAGAUGGAGAAACUCUGUUUGCGAGUCCGGCAGGAAGACAUCCCAGUUCUGCAGAGAAUGAUAAAUCCAGUUAAAGAGGAAGCUUCAUUUGCCAUAAAAGACUUCCUGCAGCUCCAUUCUCAAUCUGCAGAAGAACUUAAAAAGCAACUGGAAGCACAGGACGAUGCCUCUUUGACCAGAUCUGCAACUGUAGGAGGAGAAACUUUAUCUAACACGGAAGUGAAGGACGGCUCCCAAAGUUUAAUCCAGAUCUACUCCCGCCUUCCCGAAAUACCUCAGGAAGAAAAUGCAGCUGAGUCCUGGGAAACUUUAGAAGAGGACUUGAUUCAGCUUAGCCAGUUGGUGACCGAUUUUUCUCUCUUAGUCAGCUCGCAGCAGGAGAAGAUUGACAGGAUUGAAGACCAUGUCAACAGUGCUGCUGUGAAUGUUGAAGAGGGAACCAAAAACUUGGGGAAGGCUGCAAAAUACAAGCUGGCAGCUCUGCCUGUGGCAGGUGCAGUCAUCGGUGGAGUGGUGGGGGGUCCUAUUGGUCUCCUUGCAGGCUUCAAAGUGGCAGGAAUUGCAGCUGCACUGGGUGGUGGGAUUUUGGGUUUCACAGGUGGAAAAUUGAUACAAAGAAGAAAACAAAAAAUGAUUGAGCAGAUCUCUUCCAGCUGUCCAGAGCUUUCUCGCCAAAGUGCCAAAAAAUCCAGCUGAAGUAUAGAUUCAUUUUGACUCGGAACAAGAGUGUAGUACCCGUGCUAAUGACAGACUUGCAGCCUUAUGCUUUACAUAUAAGGCUGAGUUGUGUGAAUUUUUGACAUCAGUACUGUUACUUGGGAGGGGUGAAAUGGACAUGUCCGAAUUUCUCUUUUCCGAUGUGGUGACAUCAGUCCUUUGAAUAUUAUAUGGAUAACUUUUAAUUAUAGAUUUCUUAGGUGAGCUAUAUGCGCAGCUGUUAAUGAUGGGUGACAGGUGCUUCAUGCCAAAUUUGCACAAAGUGUCUUGCAGACAAUACAAAGGGAGGUAUGUGGAAAACCCUAGUGCUUUCCCCUGAACACCCCCCAGAAGCCGGAGCUUUUAUUAUAGUGCUCUAAAGAAAAAGAAAUAAGCUCUAUCUUUCAUUGUCAUAGUAUUUUAUAUUUACUCUAAUUUAUCUGGAUUCCCAAACCUUCCUGUGUGUACCCCCAGGAUAUGACUGGCAAUACCUGUUCAGUAACACACAGCGUUAGCUGCCAUAGGAAAAGGUGAAAAUGUUGGGUGAGCGAUGUGGAAAAAAGCCUCAUGCGUAUCCCACAUCUGCCUCCAUCAGCCAAAUUGGAUCAGCAUCAUAAGCAGCUUUUCCCCUUUUCCAGGUGCUUUUUUUAAUUAAAAUUUGUAAACUCAUCUUAUUCAAAGUAUAGUUAAGAAUUAAACAGUCUAAGCGGCAACCCUGCGGGACUGCUCUAGGAGAAUAAGAAAACAUUUUCCAUGGCUCUUCAGCUCCUUGGCUUGUCCUGGGAACACCGUACAGGAUGAAGUGACACGAUCUGGCACCCUGAGCCUGAAGCCUCAGCUUACUUAAGCAGCGCUUAAUGCCAGGCGUUGCCCUUGCUUCUCAUGUCCUGUCACCAGCACGCGCUCUGGGGGGAGAGCCAGAGAGCUUCCCUGGGAGGCAGUCUUUCCUGUCUCUCAAGGGUGGCAUUAGGCACCAGGUCAAAGGAUGGUGAAGCAGCGAGGCCCUUUAAACAGUGCCAAAACAGUGCCAGUCUCAGCUGACGUCCCCAGAUGAUGGGACUGUUUUGCAAAUGCCAACCUGCUACCAUUUACAAUAAACUAUACUUCUUUGGGUCGGCUGCCCACCUCCUGCAUGCUGGGCAGUUCCGAAACUUCUGCUUCAGCUCACGCAGUAGAGUAGCUUCUCAGCCUUUUCAAGAUUUUGGGACACGCCGUGGAGCCUGGAUGGGGCACAAUUCUGUUAGUGCUUUUGCUAGCUUUUUAUAGCGGGCGCCUGUUACUCUUACCAUCCGUAUUUUGCUGCUUAAGAAGCCUUUUGCUUCUGAAAUUUCCAUUUUUAAAUACAGGAGUGUUAAUAUCCUUUUAUUAUUACUUAAUCUUACUAUUGUCACAUAAUCUACUGUUCAGCACAUGGUCCUACCUCCAUCCUUCCAGGACAGUUCCCACACUAUUGCUGCUACUGUUCGGGGGAACAGAAAUUGAGGUUGGGAAGCUGCUUUUUAAAGUUUUUAAAUUGUUCAGUUCGUCCUGAGCUCUGCUCGAGUCCAGUUUUAUGAGGUGAACGCUGAAGUCAGCGUUCAGUGAGAAGGCUCCCUAGCAGGGAACACUGUAUAAGGAAGCAGACUAUAGAAAGAGCUCCCUUUUCUUAACCAGUGCUUUGAUAUCAUCAUUGGAAAUAACUGUCUACUAACGACAGCUGAUGGGGUUUUGUGCCUAGAGCCACUGUAAGCAACUGUUAGUUACAGCACAAAUAUCUUUUUCUGAACAGUUCUUCCUUGUUACUUUUAAGAUAUGAUUGAAAUUGCUCUCAGUCAGAGCACUGUGUCUAUUUUAAGUAGGUCUGAGGCUCAGGGAAGCAACGUGUGCAAGAAUAGUUUUCACAGGUAAUUGCAAACAUUGUCAGAACUGCGUGUGUUAAAGCCACAGUGCCUACGUCUGUAACAUCAGCUGGAGUGGAAAACAUCAACCAAGUAAUUCAGCUCUUUUGCUCCUGUCAGGCAAAAAGCGCUUUUCUUUAAAUGGAUGUAAACACGUUAAAUGAGCUUGUAACAACUUCAUAUAAGGCUGUUCAUUCCUUUGAUAUGUAAUUUCUACAUUUAAAGGAAGAAACAAAGGAAAAAAAAAAAGUGUUCUUCAUCAAAAACUGUGGUUGAUUCUUUGUAUGUUUUAAAAAGCCAUCUCUGCUUUCCUACUGUAUGCGUUGAAACCUUGUGCAUUUAAAUGACAGCAGCCACACCAGAGACACUGAGGACUCCACCCUCUUCCCCCAAGCUGGACUAACGCCGGGACAAUCUAAAUUCAUGAAACUGGAUUCCUGCCAUGGGCUAUACAAAUUCAGCUUGGUAUAUGCUCAUCUUAUGAAAUGUCUAGCACAAAAACUAUUCUUCCUCCUUGUGUCUUUAAGGAAGCAAGUUCAAAACAUUGUGCACACACUAGACUUGGGAGACUAUUAUUUAAGCUAUGAUUUUUUUAAAAAUAGAUGGGUUAUUUACAUAUGUGAAGAAACACGGGCAUCUGAGUAACCAAACUAGCAUUUAAAUUGCUAGGUAUGUAAGAUAUACGUAAUUCUUUCAGACCAAAUAAAAAGUUUUUGCCUA